UCUGGUUCUCCCAAUCGGUGCGCUGCGCCGGCAAUUCAAACUGACAGCCGGUUGGAAAGGCAGAGAGAGCGGAAGAAGGAGCAAAAAAACGACGCGUUCGGUGACAGAGACCCCAGCGCCAGCUGAGCCCCCAAAGCGAUCUCUGCCCCGUCCCGCCAACCCCACCGCGCGCUCCGGAGCGGCCGCCCGGAGGGAGAUUUAAGGGGACCGCGGGGGGCACGAGGCAGAGCUAAGGGACUGGGGACCGAGAGAAACGGCGCGAGAGCCCGUCUGCACGCUGAGGGCUGGGGGCUGCUGGAGAGAAGGGAAGCGGGAGCUCGCGAGCGAGCAGAGCGGGGGAGGCUCCCGGGAGGACUGAGGACAACCAGGGGUCGUGGGAAAAGCUGAGGGGAUUUCUGGAUCCUGGGAAGAGGAGAAGGACUUCCAAAGACGAGGCGUGGUAGCAGGGACGCUUGGCCGGCGGUCGGAGCGGGAGGACUUGGAGAGCUCCGAGGGAGGGGAUUAGGAGGGGAGAUUUCUCCGGAAGGCGCGGCUGGAGAAAUCUUAGGGAAUUGCUCAAAGGGGCGGGGGCUGAAGCGUGGAGGAGCCUUUUAGCCUCCGGGCUGGGGAGCCGGCCGUAGAGAAGUUCCCGAGGCCCUUUGCAGCUCGCGCCUCCCCAGCUUCAAACCCCACUCCCUUCCCCGAGCGCCUCCUCAAUAAAUAUUACUUUUCACCUUCCCACGGGAAACAGAAAAGAACUCAUUUCCUUCCCAACCGAGGGCUUAGAAGAGCUCUAGACCUCGCGAUCUAAUUGUCAACCCCGGGGGAAUCAAACGAGCAAAGGGGCUGCUCUUGUCUCUCCUCUUUCAAAAUCCCACCCCGCAUCCUUCCCGGGACACCAUGUCUACCAGCACCUGUAGUUUCAAGGACCGGUGCGUGUCCAUCCUGUGUUGCAAAUUCUGUAAACAAGUGCUCAGCUCUAGGGGAAUGAAGGCUGUUUUGCUGGCUGAUACUGAAAUAGACCUUUUCUCUACAGACAUCCCUCCUACCAAUGCAGUAGACUUCAUUGGAAGAUGCUAUUUCACUGAAAUCUGCAAAUGUAAACUGAAGGACAUCGCAUGCUUAAAAUGUGGGAACAUUGUAGGUUAUCAUGUGAUCGUUCCAUGUUGUUCCUGCCUUCUUUCCUGCAACAAUGGACACUUCUGGAUGUUUCACAGCCAAGCAGUUUAUGAUAUUAACAGACUAGACUCUACCGGUGUAAACUUCCUACUGUGGGGCAACUUACCAGAGAUAGAGGAGAAUGCAGACGAAGACUCGUUAGAUAUCUCAGCGGAGGACUGGAUUCGAUGAAGGGGAGGGAUAAUGACGUGUAAUAUUCAGACUUUUUCCUAUUUAAAAUACAUAUUAAUGGAUUGACUUUAGAAGUAUUCGUAAGGAUUUAUUACUGGUUUCUCUUUUGGGGGGAAAAAUGAGACAUUUGUUGAUUUAUUUAUUUGCUAUCUCGGAUUCAUUACCUGAAUUUAAUUUGAGCCACUGUAAUUCUUUUCUUCUAUUGAUUCCUCUUCCUCUCUACAACUCUCCAUCCAGUAAAGGUGUAUUCUUAAAUUCAGACUGGAAAAGAUUAUUACAUGUGUCACUCAACUACCUCACAAUCUUGGGGAAUUUUUCUUACAAAUAGAUACCAGAUACUCUUAAUUUUACAUUCUUGAAUAAGGGGCGUUCGUACAUAUUCAUGUGUGUAUGUCAACCAAGCAUAUAUCUAUGGGUAUUACCAUGCAUACAUAUUUUUUUAAAGGAACCAGGCUGUUAGGUUUCCAUAGAUACUGGUUCUCCUGCGUUAUACUGGUGAAAACCCCUUAAAAUAGAGCAAGACUUUGUGAAUCAGCAAAUAGAAUAAGAUAAAAGUUGAAAAUCUAUGGAGAAAUCCUCUUCAUUCCUCAGCACGAUGUUAGAUAAAUGAAUUCAGCACAACAGUAUGUAACAGUAUGUAAACAGUAUGUAUACCAACAUUAUUUACAUUCUUCUAGAGUCAUAAGGUUAUUGUGUUAUAAAAGCAGAUCAACUAAACCUCCAUCUUAAAAUUAUUCUCUUCUCUCGGACUUUCUCUGCAAAUAGCAAACUUUAAAUGAGCAGUCUCAGUUCCAACUCUUAAAUAGAAAAAAACUAAAGAAGGGUUUUUCUUAAGCCAUUGUAUGUUAUAAAGAGAAUUUUGUUUUUGUUUUAAGCUGCAUUCAGAGCCACACAGAAAUGGGAAACCGGGAUGGUGUUGGAUUGUGAUUUUAGCAAUACCUCAGCUGUAGGCAUUUUGUUAAUAGUGGUACCAAAACAGUCUAAG